GCUCGGAUUUGGACGCCAGCGAAACGUCUGGAGAGUAAAUAAAAGAAGAAAAAAAUACCUUGAAAAUGCCGCGCGCUAAGGCAUCAAAGAAACAACCGGCGUCUGAGUCCCAGUCCCUGAUAGAUGCCGGCAGCGCAGAUGCUGAGACUAAAAUGCCGAUGCCUGCAAAAAAUGGCAAGGCACGCGCUAAAAAGACACCUACAGUGGCAACUGUAGAGCCACUGUCGACUAAAGACCGCUCAAAAAAAGAAAAGACGCCGGCUGUAGUGGCGGAAGAGGAGGUGGAAAAUGCAGCGACUGUCAAAGAGCCGAAAUCACGCGGACGCAAAAAGAAAGAGGUUCCUGUGGCAGUGGUGCAUGCUAACGGUGAUGGCGCCGGGGAUGAAGACGGAAGUGAAGGGAAUGAAGUGUUGGUAAAACCGGUCAAGCGACGCGGCAAAAAUGUAACGGCAGCAAGUACUUCCAAAUCUGCAAAAUCCGCCAAAUCCGUGCCCGAACUGGUGGCAGCUGCGGCUGAACCACGCGGCCGCGGCUCCAAGCGCUCGGCUGAGAAGGAAGUGGCAGGAGACACUGUGGAGGCCAAUGGUGUGGCAGAAGCUGUUGAGCCCGUUAAGCAGCGAGCCAAAAAGGAACCCAAAACAAAGAAGUCUGAGAAGAAAGUGGCAGAAGGGACUGUAGAAACCAAUGGUGUGGCCGAAGCUACUGAGCCAGUUAAGCAGCGAGCCAAAAAGGAACCCAAAACAAAGAAGGCUGAGCCUUUGGGCGAAACAAUAAAGGCACGCGGGCGCGUCGGAAAGCGUCUGGCCGACUCAGAUAUAACCGAUGUGCUGGAGGAAGAGCCAGAAUCUGAGACAGAACCAGAACCAACCAAGAAGAGAGCAAAGAGCAGCAAAGAGAAAUCCUCUGCUGAGCCGGCGGCAGCUAAAAAGCGCACAAAAAAGACGGCCAGCAAUGAGGAGCCGCAGGAGGCACCAGAAGGAGCCGAAGCCGCACAAGCUGCUCCUAAGAAGCGUGGCAAAAAGGUGACCAGUGCCAAAGAAAGCGUUGAGCAAGAAAACAAGCCAGCUCGUGGUCGCAAACGUGCUGCCGUUGAACCGGACCAGAAUCUAGCCAACGGCAAUGAAGACGACGGCGAGGCAGCAGACACCUCGAAAAGUACGUUGGCAGAAACCAGCUGUGGGGGAACGGUAUUGAAAAGCUUGCAAAAUGUGCUUAACUUUUGUUUUGCAGCGUCCAAGGCGAAAAAGGAGACGGCUCCAGCAGCCAAUAGUUAUAAUGAAGCGCAUUUCGCAGUGCCGGAGGGCAAGGAGUUUAAUUUGAAAAUUUCUAGCUGGAAUGUAGCUGGAUUGCGGGCUUGGCUUAAGAAAGAUGGUCUCAAGUUCCUAGAGUAUGAGGAGCCGGAUAUAUUUUGCAUGCAGGAAACGAAGUGCGCUAACGAUCAGCUGCCUGAGGAGGUGGUUCGCUUGCCCGGUUACCAUCCCUACUGGUUGUGCAUGCCGGGCGGAUAUGCGGGCGUUGCUAUUUACAGCAAAAUUAUGCCCAUACAUGUGGAAUAUGGGAUUGGAAACGAAGAGUUUGACGAUGUCGGUCGCAUGAUAACGGCCGAAUAUGAAAAGUUUUAUUUGCUAAACGUCUAUGUGCCGAAUUCGGGACGUAAGCUCGUUAACUUGGAGCCCCGCAUGCGUUGGGAGAAGCUGUUUCAGGACUAUGUACAAAAACUGGACGCACUCAAGCCGGUGGUCAUCUGUGGGGACAUGAAUGUCUCGCAUUUGGAAAUCGAUUUGGCCAAUCCAAAGAGUAAUACACGCAACGCCGGCUUCACCAAGGAGGAGCGGGACAAGAUGACCGAACUGCUCGGCUUCGGGUAUGUCGACACUUUCCGGCAUUUGUAUCCGAAACGCACCGGAGCCUACACCUUCUGGACCUACAUGGCCAAUGCCCGGGCCCGCAACGUGGGCUGGCGUCUCGACUACUGCAUCGUCUCGGAGCGGUUCCUUCCCCGUGUGGUGGACAACUGCAUCCGUAGUCAGUGCAUGGGCAGUGACCAUUGCCCCAUUACUGUAUUUUUGAAUAUUUAAACCCCCUAAAGGCAUUCAAUACUUUAUUCCAUUCUGUCUGCGUUUAUGAUUCCCCUUUGAUGUAUACGUACUGUUAUUCCUGUUUGCAUAAAAUUCAUAAUUAUUAUUUGUACUUUAUAGUCCCACAUAAAUAUUUAUUAAAUCAAUGCUA